AACGUGUUUUAACACUCUAGGCCUCCACUCAGGAUUAGAAUCGGAGGUCCUCCGCUCUUCUUCCUCUCCCGGUCUUUGCUUUCAGUUCCCGGCGAACGAAAUGGGACACAUCCAUCGGCUUCUCACGCCGAACCCUGCUUCAACCAAAGUUGUAUUUAUCAAUUCAAUCUCUUCCAGGACCUCCACCCUCUUCCCAUUCAAUAUUCAAUUUGGAAUCCCUGCUCGUUCUCCUUCCAUUGUUUCCACAAAGCUCUCCAGCGGCGGUUUGUUUUCUUUUUCCGCCGCUCGGCUUCGACAUGUUUGCAGGAUGAAAGACUCAGAUAUGAUAUCACAGCUGGAAAUUGGUAGGCCUGAAGAGAAGAGGAGACCGAAGCAUGUCAAUGGGGUAUUCUGCAUCAUCCUCCUUAACCUCGGAAUUUUUGCAGCUGAUCACUGGUUUCAGCUUCGAGGAAUUCAAUCACUAUAUUUGUACCACAAUUGGCCUACCUGGUACCAGUUUGUGACAGCGACGUUCUGUCAUGCUAAUUGGAACCACCUUUCAAGCAAUUUAUUCUUCUUAUACAUUUUUGGGAAGCUUGUGGAAGAGGAGGAAGGAAGCUUUGCCUUAUGGUUGUCUUAUAUUCUAACUGGUGCUGGAGCAAACCUUGUUUCAUGGUUGGUUCUUCCUAGGAAUGCUGUUUCAGUUGGAGCCUCUGGUGCCGUUUUUGGGCUCUUUGCAAUCAGUGUUCUUGUCAAGAUGAGUUGGGACUGGAGGAAAAUACUUGAAGUACUUAUAUUGGGCCAAUUUGUUGUCGAAAAGGUGAUGGAAGCAGCGCAAGCAUCAACGGGAUUGUCAGGAAAGUUUUUUGGAGGCUAUUCCCUCCAGAGUGUCAAUCAUAUUGCGCACCUCUCUGGUGCUCUGAUUGGUGUAGGUUUGGUGUGGCUUCUAAGUAAAGUUCCUUCUCUACCUUCAGAGCAAGAAACAUCUAAUUUGGGUAGAAAAUCAGACAGAUCCUCAUAAUCAGGUCAUGUUUUUUGCUCUCCAAAGGGAUGCAUGGUUGAAAAUUUAUGGUAGCGACUCACGUUGCUGUAACCUUAGACUUCAAUUUGUGGAUUCGGAAUUCCGAAGUUGUAUUAUAGAAGACAUACAAUGAAAAAACAAGAUAAGAAAAAGCAAAGGACAUAUGGUGUACAGUGGGGUUAUGCAAAUGUAGUGGAUUGGUACCGAUGGUUGGAAAUUGGAUGCGAUCUGUGUUACCAG